AUGGAAUGGCCAAGAUCUGUGCUUCCCUCCCUUCUAGAAGAAAAGAGAAGCGAUGUGAGUGUGGCAUUUGUCCAUUCUCAAGUAUCAAGAAUCGUUUACCCAAUGCAAAAUAUAUUGAGCAUUACCUUGGAUAUGGACAAUAUUCGAGAGUUAAAACCUCGAAAACUGUGGUCCGAAAAGGAAGACAACGUGUUGCGGAGUGAGGUAGCCAGGCAAGCGGAGCAUGGAAAGGCGAAAGAUUGGCGAACAAUUGCUGAAAAGCUCCCCGGUCGAAGUAAUAAAGGUUACCUCGUCCCCUGGGUGAGGUUUGACUCAACAAAGUUUUCAGCUCUAAUCUGGACGGAAGUUGCGCAAGUCGUAGGAACACGACAUGCUGAUCAGUGCGCUAAACGUUGGUUGCAUUUCCUUAACCCCAAUUUGAACCAUGGCGAAUGGAGCGAGCAAGAAGAUGAGCGUCUCUUAGCCGCAGUUGAACGAGGAGGACGCAACUGGAGGAAGAUCGUGGAUGAGAUACUCCAAGGAAGAUCAGCCACAGAUGCCAAAAACAGGCACGCAAUCCUCCAGAGAAACAGAAAAAACGGUACCGCAGCAGGUUCGGACCGCCAGAGGCCUUCGUUUUCACGGCGUCGAAGAAAUGGCACUACCCUUGAGGCGACUGAGAACCGCGAUACAACUAAUUGGUGGACAACAGGCUCAAUGGAUUUUAUGAGGGAUAUUAUCCACUAUAACUCUCCCAUUUGUUCAGUUGGACCGGGAAUUGCCAAUGGUAGUAAUUUCGACGCGCUCCUUAUGGAACAGCCUAAUCAAAUGUUCAGUUCUCCGUCUGGAUCGGCCUUUAUGCAUGAUCGUACACAACUCCACGGGGACACUGGGGAGCUACCUGGGUGGCAUGUAGUUCCAAGUAGCCACCCCUAUCAAGAGAAACCGAAUGAUCACGAUAUGGAGUUCCCUGCCAGCUGUGGCCCUAGUUCGUUCGAAAAUGCGAGUGAGAGUCACAUGGGGAUAGCUGAUACCUUCUUCGAGUCAUUAACAACAAUGGUAGAGAUGGAGGGAGAAGGUGACUUACAUACUCCAUCAGUUUCUUCACAUUCAUUGGACUGUCAUCCGGUAACUCGAAAAACGGGGAGCUCGAUUGUCUUAGAUAAAAGCGAGCAAGCUGAUGAAGAGGAUGGAGGUGAAGAUGACUACGACCACAACGAAGAGGCCGCAAUUGAGAAGAAUGAGACAUUUCUUAUCAAUAGUUCGUACCACGAUCCAUCUAUGCCUUCCAUUGAAGAGAUCCUGGGAACGGUUUCAAAGGAAAACAGGAAAAGUACAAUGAUUUUGCAGCAUAUGCAGUCGGAUCAGGUUGGGCAGGUGUUGGAAUUUCUUUUUUCCUCAAAUUCAUCUGUAGAUGUUAAGAUAAUUAGCGAGAAUUAA